UAAAAUAGGUAGUCAUCGCUCAUUAAUUAACCAUGUAAGAAUUAUCACUGACGAGAGAAAGAGACGGAUUAAAUCUCUCGAGGGCAAAAUAUACAGCGGAUGUGAUUCCAUCGGACCUGACAAAUUAAUAUUCGUCUCGAUCGGUUUUUUGAUUUGACGUAUAUAUAUAUAUAUAUAAAUUUCAUAUUAGAGCGUUUUUAGCAUCACGUCUCGACCUCAACCACGUCGAUAAAGCAGACGAGAGUUCAGUGAUCGUCGAGCGAGACAGCGGACGCGCCAGUGGAGGCUGUUCCGAUCACUUCGUGUCGGUCCCUUCCCGGGAGUCAUUUUUCUCAAAGGUUCAAAUCGGUUCGGCCGAUCGGUUGAUCGAUCGGUUCUUCUUCGACGUUCGUCGAUACAUUUUCGUCGGUUUUUUGCCGAAUCGAACCUCUCUCGCGCAUCUUCGUAUCACAAGUUUCGUAUCACGCCGUGCCGUGUCGUGCCCGUGCCGUGUCGUGUCGUCGUCGUCGCCAAUUUUCGCCCGCUGGGCGCGAGUCAUCCGUGAUCGUGUGCGCGUUCUCGUCGUCGCCCCGUGCGCGUAUCCCGUUCCCGAAGAAGACGCGCGCGACCGGGGAACCCGGAAGGAAGCCGCCGUCAAAUCAACGACCGGUUUAACGUCGCGGUUACCGCAUACGGUAAACGCGCGGCGGCCGCGUUAACACACGUUUGCCGUUUUAACACACGGCGAGUCCUCGCUCGCACGGAACCAUCGAACUUCGUCAUGCUGUUGUCAGCCGCGACCGCCGCGACGACAACGACGACGACGACGACGAAGACGACGAAGACGAAGUUUUCCGGGUCGAUGCCGUUGGGAGGAAACGCGUCCUCCCAGUGCUGAUAUGCGGGACCACUGGCCGAAUGCUUGGUCCGUGGACCUUACUCGCUACUUCGUAAAUAAAUAAAUAAAAGUCCAAGUGAUUAUUGAAACCCGAGACCCGAGAGUACGACAACAACACAACGGAUCAACGACGACGACAACAACAACAACAAGUCGUGCUCUUCCGAAGUAAACAACCAGGGGUUCAGGAUGGCCUCGACCUCAAGCAGCACAUCCCCGGACGUACAGGUGCUAAUGGGCAAGGGCAAACGUGGGGCGGCCGCUUACAUCAGCCGUGACACUGGUGGCUGCCUGAACGAGCUGCUGGACGUUCUGCUCAACCCCAGCACGGCCAUCGACGACUGGGAGACCAUUGACUGGUGCAAGUGGCUGAUGGCCGGCGGUCGCACGCCCGACGAAUUCGCCAGCACAGUACGUACUUACGAUAAUGCUACCACCUGCGGUUUGGUAUGGACACCAAACUUUGUGGCAUAUCGGUGCCGUACUUGCGGCAUCUCUCCCUGCAUGUCCUUGUGCACGGAGUGCUUUAAGAAAGGAAAUCAUCAUCGACAUGAUUUCAACAUGUUUCUUAGCCAAGCAGGUGGUGCGUGUGAUUGCGGCGACACAAAUGUGAUGAAGGAAAUUGGAUUUUGUGAUAGACACGGGCCGAAGGCUGCUGUAAACAAGUCAGUCGCGCCAUCAGACUUGAUGUGCGUAGCCGAGGCAAUGAUGCCCAGAAUUAUUCUGCGGCUUAUUCAACACUUGCGUGAAAAUUGUAAAAUGGGAGUACCAGAUUACAGAAGCGCUAUACACGAGGCGGAUCGGUAUCUAACGAUGCUUCUCGAUCUGAACAACAUGGGCGCAUUAAUGAGACGCGUUAUUACAUCAGCUCUCACAAAUCCACAAAAAUACCGAGGUCUCAUGGAUCCGUCGAACUUGACAGGACAAUCGGAAUACGACAAUUAUUGUCAAGAUAGUAACAAGAUAUAUCAGCAUGCCGUCAAGUCGUUGCCGAAUCCAGAACCUCCUGACGAGUAUAAAGAAUGCGUGUCGCUUCAAGAACAUUUGGAACACACUACCUUUUUGGAGGAACUGAUGUUCUGGACUGUUGCUUACGAGUUUCCGCAGAAGUUGGUCUGUCUUCUCCUGAACAUGUUGCCGGAUCCCGAUUACAAGGAGGCUUUAACUCGCGCUUUCGUGCUACAUUACAGUAGAAUCUCAAUGAUGCUCGAACGUUCCACGGAUCCCGACACGCUGAGCAACAGAGUGGUGCAUGUUAGCGUGCAGCUCUUUAGUAACCAGAAGCUGGCCGUAAAAAUGGUUGAUCAGUUGAAGUUGUUACACGUGAUGGUUAUCAGCUUGAAAUACAUGAUGAGCAAAAUACUCAUUCAAAAUACUCUACACGAUCCGGACAAGAACUUUCAUUACGUCGUGGAUUGCGGACGUCAGGUGAUGAAGGAGCAUUGUUACUGGCCGUUGGUUUCCGAUUUGAACAACGUGUUGUCACACAAACCGGUCGCCGUUCGAUUCAUGAGUGACAACACUCUUCUGGAAAUGUGGUUUGACUUUUUGUCGAUGUUCCAAGGUAUGAACGUCAACCAGAGAGAAUUGAGUCAGCACGUGGAAUUUGAACCCAACACGUAUUACGCGGCAUUCAGUGCCGAGCUGGAGGCUAGCGCGUAUCCAAUGUGGGCCAUGGUUUCGCAUCUUCGCGGACCCGAGAGCGCAGCGCUCAGCCGACGAGUGCUCAAUUACUGUCUCACAGCUUUGCAAGAUUGGCUUGACGCUGUCAACUAUACGGAUCCAAACGUGAGCGAUAGUUUACAAGUGUCGUUUCAUCUGCCGCUUCAUCGAUAUCUCGCGGUGUUCAUGUGUCAGGCGAUCAGACAACAGGGAGCGACUCUACGCGAACUGCUACCGCCCACGGAUGUGCUGCAUCUUCUCAUGAUGCACCCGCUACGAAUACAAGUCGCUUUUUACGAGAUUUUGAAUGGAUUGUGGGUCCGCAACGGAUUGCAAAUAAAGGGUCAGGCUAUGACUUACAUACAGUGCAAUUUUUGCAACUCCAUGGUGGACGCCGAUCUUUAUCUGUUGCAAAUCUGCGCCACAAAAUUACUACCAGACGUUUUUCUGAAAACCAUUAUUGAAAAAUUUCACGUAAGGGAAUGGAUGAGUUUGUGUCUGUAUCACGCUCCGCAAAACGAGUACCUCGAGGGCGAGCAUGGUACUCCAAUGUUGGAGAGCUGUUUGACAUUUUUAGCUAUGUUGGUUAACGUGAGAACCAACCUUGGCUUAUCAGAUCCUGAAAUGUCACGUCUCGAAAUGGUGACGUUGUUAUGUACCGGUGAUAAGACACACAGUCAGCUGAUGGAACUGAUGCCGGAACGUUGCGGAACCACACAAAACAGAGAUUUUGAAUCUGUCUUGGCUGCAGUGGCACAGUACAGACCUCCAAAUCUCGAAGCGAGUGGCAAUAUGCAACAAGGCAUGUACGUACCGAAGCCUCACGUAUGGGACGAAUUGUUCGAUCCGUUGCACGUGCUCUUACGAGCGGUGCACAGGAGAGAUUUUCAGAUAUCCAUGGAUCGUUUUACGGAAUACGUAAAACAAUCGGGUAAACUGAAAAAUGGUGCUACUCCCUGGCCGCCGUUCAGACAUCCUGCUCCGGUAUCGGCGGAUUACGAUGAUCCGCGAAUCGUUCUACGUUCCAGAGUCUUUCACGCUAUGAUCCUAAUAAUACUCUACAAGGCUGUAAACGGACACAACAUAUCGGAACAUAUUAUGGCAUUGGCGAUUUAUCUUUUGGAAAUGGCGGUUGUCACAGCAGAACCCCGAGAUAAAUCAAUAAGUCCUCUUUGCCAGUAUACCGGCGGCACUUAUCGUGUGAUAAAAGAUAUGGACUUGGCCGGAUGGUACGAAAAUGACAGCCUCUUCGAAAAUCUGAGGACGGUUAUACCUCGAGUAAUUCUAGUCCAAGAGUCGGAACCGAAUAGCUCGGAUAGUGAGUUUGAAUGGGAGAUUCAAGGCGAAGUGGGCGAGGUGGCAACAUCCUUGAUGCUGAACGACGGCGCGGAAGAUGCCACGGAGGAAACCUCUCUCGAGCUGUUGGGAUUCACCGUGGAUACCAUCAGAAACGAGAACACGUCGAACGCUAACGCCACAUCACUACCGGCUUUACUACCGUCGACCGAAAGUGCUCUGCCAGCUUUACCAUCGACCAGUGUGGAAUAUGAUAUAGCCAUUGUACCCGAAGAUGGAAUCGUCGCCAUACCGCGUAACAACAGCGACGAGGAUCUCUCGAUACCGUUACAAAGAGCUCUACCAUCAUCCGGGGAAGAAUCUAUGGCUCUGGCAAUCGAAUCGUCUUCUUCAUCAGAUACUUUGGUUAACAAUCAACCUGCUUUACCACCCGCUAUUCAAUGCUCAACGGUUGUGACCGGGAAUGAGAUAGUCGCGACACAGCCGGUUACUUACAGGGCGGUUACAGAAAUCGUUCCAUCCACGUCGAAUUCCCACAAACACUUCAACAGAAAAGAUUUACAGAUGCAGCCGCAAUCGGUUAAGGUUGGGGAGAGCAUUAUUUCUCUAUUGUUGAAGUUGCACUCUCAACUAUCAGGCUACAAUACCGAACAAAAUAUCACGAUCUCUGACAACGAUGCCGGCAGCAGCAGCAGUAGCUCGUCCACGUCGUCGAAGGAAUCGCGAAUUGGCGACGGGCCUUUCUUCAUAUCGCAGCUGCUUCGCAAAAUAGCGGAUUUAGAUCCUCUUUGUAAACAAGCUAUUAUUGAGACAAGGAACAAAUUGUGGCCCCGUAUGCAGGAGAACGAAGAGGACGAACAGCGCGAACGGGAGAAUCGUGAGCGCGAAGAACGACGGAAAAGGGCGAAGGAAAGGCAGCAAAAGCUAAUGGCGGAGUUUGCCAACAAGCAAAAGCAAUUUAUGGAAGAAGCAAUGAAGACCGAGGAAGCGGGAUCAUCCGGUAUGGACUGGGAUCAGGAGGAAAAUACGACUAGACUCGCCAGUAAAAAAGAGUACGACUGCGUGAUAUGUAAUCAAACUACUCCCAGCAGUGAGGACAAGCCGAUGGGACUUGCUGUAUUAGUUCAAUCAUCUAGCAUUAUUGGACAUCAACGACAGACGCCGGAAAGAUUGGUUUUGCCUACGUCCGACGACGAUCCGCCUAUACCGAAGGGAGACACUCGGGGAGCUUAUUCCGACCGUAGAAUAGACGAAAUGAGUCGUUUAUUUAACACGAUUUCAUGGGUACUGUCGCUGAAUUUGGGCUGGGAAGGCGGGGUCCACGUGCAGACUUGUGGCCACCAUCUUCACUUGGAUUGUCUCAAGUCUUAUCUAGAGUCUCUUCGUAGUCAACAGCGGCAGCAGAGUAUAGCGGUCGAACGGGGCGAAUACCUGUGCCCGCUGUGUCGACAAUUGGCCAAUUCUGUACUGCCGCUUUCGCCGCAGUUUGGCGAAUGUUCGGCGGUGGUGCGAUCUCGUCACGCUUCCACAAAGACCAUAUUAACGGAUCUGAACACUUUCCUCAAAGAGAUACAACAAACUCCAAUCUCUUCAAAUUUGACCAUAGCAAUGGGCAAGGCAAUGGAAGAUAUGACGAGUUGCACGUAUUUAAAGUAUAAGCAAAAGAAUUGUGAAACUAAUCACCAUAGCUUGUUCCUCUUCGUAACGUCUAUAGCUCGAACCAAUUUUGAAAUUGAACUCGUUCAGCGCGGUGGAUCGUUGUGUGUCCCGCCGCCAACUACAAUACCUUUGACACCUAAACGCGAUUGCAUAGUCGCUCUUCUUCAUGUCCUGGCGGUACACGCUCGGGUGUUGACCGCUUGGCCAGUCCAUCAUGUUUGGCAGCAAUUAUCUGGUAUACAUCUGAUGGAGGAGUCGACAUCUUCUCUCGCUUUAACGCCACACGAGAGGGAAGUUCCUUUAUUCUUACGAGAUCCGACUGCCAUGCUCAUUCAAUUUAUACUACUGUUGCCACUGCAUCUUGAUCGAACAUAUUUCUCUGGUGUGGUAAAGGUUCUCUACAACUUACUGUACUAUCAGGUGAUACUACAGAUAAGCUGUAACUUUUCGCGAGCAGAACGAAAUACAAUCCUGAAGAGAAGACGCAGCUGCGCCGCCACGUCCUCGGAGACUGCACUGGCCGAGAUUAUCGAGUUUUUUAAAGACAGCGGACUUUAUUCUGGCACGGACGAUGAGAAACCGUCCACUUCGGCUUCUCCAUCUUACGUCAGAGUGAAAACGCAUUGUCUCGAACAACAGAUUCAAUCGCUCUGCUUGCCGUUCCUUCGAGUGGCGGCGUUAUUGCGUCAUCACUUGUACGAGCAGCCGUUGCCGGUAAUCAGGGCGCCGCAAAGCGAGUUCGUUAGAUUGGUUUAUUAUCUAGAACUGGUCACGGAGGGCAUGAAUUGGGAUAGUUUUAGUUCGGCAGUAGCUCUGAACUGGCAAGAACCGGACGCGUGCGUCUCAGUACCGAUAUUCUGGUGCAACCAGUUGCUCACAUUUCUAACUAACUGGCAAGGCCAUCUGCCAGCCCGACGAUUGGUUAUGGAGCAACACAUAUCGUGGCAGAUGCCGAAACUGCUUAGUCUUCCGCGGGAAUACGAGAAAAUCUUCACGUAUUAUCACGAGAGACAAUGCAGCCAAUGUCAUUCUGUUCCUCAAGAAAUUGGCAUUUGUUUGUUGUGCGGAACGAUCGUCUGUCUCAAGCAAAAUUGUUGCAAACAGAUGAAUGUCUGCGAAGCUAUUCAGCAUUCGAUCGAUUGCGGAAGCGGUACAGGCAUUUACCUUGUUGUAACUUCGACCUACAUCAUCGUGAUACGUGGUCGACGGGCGUGUUUGUGGGGAUCGCUGUAUCUUGACGAUUUCGAGGAAGAAGACCGAGAUCUAAAACGUGGCAAGCCGCUGUACCUCAGCGAGGAUAGGUACAAGCUUUUGGAGCAGCAGUGGCUGGCACACAGAUUCGAUCACACGAAGAAAACGUGGGUAUGGCAUCGCGACGCCUUGUGACCUUUCACGAUGUCGUCACACGGUGUUCGUCGUUCUUAAAUCACGAAGAACCGAAGACUCUCUCUCUCUCUCUCUCUUUCUCUCUUUUUUCUUUCUUUAUCUUUCUCCUGCAGUUAACUCUCACGCAAAGAUGCCUCGCUCUUUCGCAGUAAUAUCCGCGCGCUUUGAUGACUAACAGAAAGUAGUACCACACUUUCCUUCCUCACGAAUAUAUGCUAUAUAUUUAUUAUGCAAUAUAAUGUAUUAUUGGGUAAGUAUAAGUAUAGAUGUGUAUAAAAUGAAAAAAAAUUAAAAAGUAUUAAAAAAAAACCUACACGCAUCUGGGAAGAGGAUAAAAAUUGUGUUCACGUAGUCGCGCGCGAAGAUUUAAUUUGGAUCGAUAUCACACACUUGUGUAGAAAUUACGUCCUCGAAUUGAAAUCUUGUACAUUUUAUUUAAGUAUGUAUAUGCACACGGCUACUUCGGUUUCUUUUUUUUUUUUUUUUAUUUUUUUUUUAAUCCUCACGCGUAAUUAUCUUCGAAAUAAAUUUGAUCGAAAUAAUAUUCUCAUCUCCGCAGAGUUUUGCGCGCGUUUCUACGUUUUCUCUUCUUCAAACUUCAAUUAUUUCUCAAAUAUUGUUUAACUCUCGAUAAAACUGUUCUCUCAAUUUCGAGGAUGAUUACGCCGAAAGAUGGAAGUAAAAGAUAUACAUAUAUAUAUAUAAAUAAAAACUUGUCCUAACGAUAUGACACACAGAAGAGUACUUAUCUAGUGCGUAGCGUUUGUACCUUUUAGCAGAGGAAAGAAUUUUGAAAGUGACAAGAACGUGAGAAGAAAAUCGCGCGUCGCUAUUUUCCGAACAAUCGUCUUCAUUUCGGAGACGGGAUAUAUAGGUUUCUGGAUCCUCUGUAUUCCUUUUCAUUUCACGAAAAUAUAUUUACGAUAUAAUUGCAGAUUCUUCUCCCCUGCAAAGUACUUGCAAAUUUUUCGAGCGUAAAAGCGCGUAGAAUUUCCAUGCUAUUACCAUUACUAAAAAAAAAAAAAGAAAAAAAGAAAAGAAAAAAAGGACGUAUGGUUAAGAGUGUGGAAAGACAAAAAGGAAAAGGUGAAAAAGAACUCUCAAAGACUGAUAUGUCUUUAAUGCUUUCUUAUAGGAAUUUCUAUUUAUGUCCAACGAGAGAGCUAGAAUUUAUAUUGUCAGAGACUAUUUUUAUUAUUUACAUCUGAUAUAACACACACACGCAUUCACAGACGUACACAUACAUACAUACACACACACACAUACACAAAUAUAUAUAAUAUUAUUUAAUCUUUGUGAUACGAGCUGUAAUGAGAUGAAAAAGACGGAUAACAUGUACGAGAAUGAAUCCAAGUGCAUUAAUGUAGGAGCGGAAAGUUUUUGUCACGCCUUCUAGUGCAUGACAAACUAUAAGAUAAAAUCGAUACUAGUUUCUUGCUUCGGGGAUACAGUGUAGGAGCUGUGAUUCACGAUUUUUCUCAGUGUGUGUCAACGGACUAGAAAAAAAAAAAAAAGAUUAAAGAUACUUUUAUUGCGUCACGUGAAUGUUACGUCGUGAAAUCACACACACACAGACACACAGGAUUUUAUGUCGUGGAGUUUGGACUUCAUAAAUAUUAAGUUCACACACAAUUGUGUAUAUACUACUCGUAGUAAUGUGUAACAACACAACCGAGCUGAAAUAUUAUAGCGUCUAAUCUGAAUUUGCGUGAAUCCGUGAAAAGUGACACAACACUUUGUUUUUUUUUGUUAAUAACUAAAACGCAUACACAUUCGCCUCGUGUUAGUUCUUUGGCUAAUAAACAAAUCGACGAAAUUUCUGCAUAUUCUAUAUACGGAUGUAGAGCCAACAUAUGCACGUACAGAAAUGUAGAGCGGAAGUAGCAUCACUCGAUAAGAUUGCAGUUUUUUUUUUCUAAAAAACUUUUGAAAACAUACUGAUAAUAAUCAACGCUACUUUUGAAAACUGCUUCACAGUUGAAAGGUUAAUUUGUCCGUUACUUGUUUUUAAGAGAUUCAGUUCGCGUGUUGGAAGAAAAGAAUUAUUUCUGAAGAAAAGAAAUGUGUAUGUACAGAGAGUAUAUAUUCCGCGUCUUACAAUUCUCACUUCACCGAUGAACUUCGAGUGAUAACUCUUCUUUCGAGUCACUUAUUCAUUGUUAAAAAUGUGUGUCCCGGUUCCAAUUGAUUUUACAAAACUAAAUCUUGUCUAAUUUUUGAAAACGAAAAAAAAUCUUUCAAUCGCGUUUCUUUUUCUUUUUUUUUUAAGUUAAAUCUAAGAAUAAGAAAUUGCAUACAAGAAAAUCUUCAAAUUUUUAUUUGUUGCUCAAUUACGAGCAUAUAUAUAUUGAAAAGUGAAAAUUUACGAAAAAGUUUGAAAAUCAGAAACCGAACGAAUCGUCUCUUGUACGUACAUCCAGAGCGAUAUUCAUAUUCGAAUCUUGUGUAUUUAAGAUCAUCUUAAUUUAUAUAUUUUCUAUAUAUGUAUAUUCAACACAUAUAUAUAUAUACAAUUUUAUUAAAAUUUUAUGUUGCGCGCGAAACGAUUAUCAAUAUCGCUCCUAGAGUUUUUCAAUCGCGGUAGGAUUUUUGAACUUCCUUUGUGUUUACUCAUGUGUUUGCGAACUCUAAAAAAUUGCUUCUUAUAUACAUAAUGCACUUUUAUAUUGUAAAUAUAUAUAAUGACAUAGUUCACCAACCGUAUUGCGUUAGUAUAUAUAUAUAUACUACAUAGUCCCUGCUCGAAACAAAAAGAUCUGUAUAUAGAACUAUAUUAACUAUAUAAUUAUUUUUAGGAGUGUCCUUGAUUACAAGAGUUUACAGUAAAAAGCAUAUACGAUUAAAGACCUGAAAAUUUAUUGAGCUAUUAUAUAUAUAUAUAAAAUUACCGAUUACGUUCAAUGUAUAAAAUAAAAGCGAUUCUAUCGAGAA